GUUGUGCUGUAGUUGGCAGCGUCGCGACGACGGGGAAAGUGUUGGUCGGGCGGUUGGCAACAGUGGGGCAGGGUAGAGGGGUCAGGGGUCAGUAGUCUGUGGUGCGGCAUGGAGGCGCUGCGAGGCGACGAGGAGCGACUCUACCGCAGCUACAGCGUCAAACAGAAACGUGCCGCCCUGCAGUGCUUCCUAUGUGCGGCGAUCCUCUACGACGUGUACUGGCUGGCGGUGCGCGGGGGCCAGGACGUCCUCACCGCCGGCCUCCUCAUCCUCGCCAGCCUUCUGCUUGUGUGGCUGCGGUCAGGUCGCCGCGUGCUCUGGGACCUGGUGCCACAUCUCGCCUGGCACCUGGCCACCGUCCAGCUCCUCGUGCACCUCUUCUUCCAGAAGCACGAGGUCACCCUGCGCACCAACCUCGGCUGGGCUCUGCUCAUCGACUACCUCAUCUACCUGACACUGCCCCUUCGGCUGCGCUACUGCCUCAUCCUCUCGCUGGGCACCUGCGGCACCUACCUCGCCACCAUCGUUGGCCUCGCUAGGGACUCCGACAGCCAUCUGCCCAACCAGAUUGCGGCUGACGUGAUUCUCCUUGCGACGGCGAAUCUGCUUGGGCUGACCGCUUACUACAUCGAGGACAGACAACAGCGCACUGCCUUCCUUGAGACUCGACAAUGUCUCGAGAUGAAACUAGUCAUAGAAGAGCAAUCAGCCGAGCAAGAGCGCUUGCUGCUGAGUGUGCUGCCAGAGCAUGUUGCUGUCAAGAUGAGGCAAGACCUAGGCUCUGCGCUUGACUCGCAAUUCAAGAAAAUUUACAUGAGUCGUCACGAGAAUGUCAGUAUACUAUAUGCGGAUAUUGUUGGAUUCACAGCGAUAUCAUCUACUUAUUCUGCAUCAGAAUUAGUGAAGAUUUUAAACGAACUUUUCGCAAGGUUCGACAGAUUGUCAGAAAGAUAUCAACAGUUGCGGAUCAAGAUUCUUGGAGACUGUUACUACUGCAUAAGUGGAGCACCGAGAGAAAGACCAGACCAUGCCGUACUCAGUGUUCACAUGGGGUUGUCAAUGGUCAAAGCUAUCAAAUACGUUCAGCAAACGACGAAUUCGCCGGUGGACAUGCGGGUGGGGAUUCACACGGGGGCUGUCCUGGCUGGGGUGCUCGGACAGAGGCAGUGGCAGUUCGAUGUUUACUCCAAGGAUGUCGAGCUGGCCAACAAGAUGGAGAGCAGUGGCCUGCCAGGACGAGUUCAUAUCUCAGAGAAGACGCUGAGCUACUUGAAUGGCGAAUUCGAAGUGGAACCGGCGCUUGGUGAAAAAAGAGAGGAGAUGCUGAGAAUGGCCGGCAUAAAGACGUUCUUCAUCGUCAAAGUCCUCAAGCCGUUUCACCAACCAGGCACAGAAAAUCAAAAUGGAGCUGUGAAUGACGACUACACAGGAGAAAAAGAAGACGUAGCGGAAGCAACGCCCGUGGAUGAACAGGGUACAUCAAGGGCAAGAGAGAACUCAGAAGAUUUUAAGCGGCGAUUAAGAAAAGACCUCAUGAAUCGGGAUGGUCACAGGGAUCUCAACAAGCAUACAACAUUCUUCUCUCUCGGCUUCAAAGACAAAACAAAAGAGCGAGACUAUAAUCGAAAUAAAGAGUCAUUUUCGGGAGUCAGUUUGAUUGGUUGUCCCUUAGUUCUCUUAUUCACUUCAUCUGCUCAAUUCAUCGUCUUGCCGAGGGAUUUUCUCAGCAUCGCAUCAUAUACUGUAGGGAUGUUGCUGCUAGGGGCUCUCACAUUUAUUCCAAUGGCUGAGGCAUUUCCCACAAUCUUUCCAAGGCCAGUAGUACAAUUGAGUGAAUCACUAAAUGGAAUUCACUGGCUACGCAAACUUAUAACGGUGGUGGUCAUUGGUGUACUUGGAGUCACUAACCUCAUUGAUGUGAUCUCAUGCACGGACCCAAUCUCGCUGGAGCCUCCAUCUAACUGCACGUCAAUCGAGGACGUGAGGGCCGCGUGCCUCUACCCCUCCUACUUCUCCUACUUCAGCGUGCUGGUGCUGGUGGCUGCGGGUCUGCCCGCCCAGCUCUCACAUCUGGUCAAGACGGCGCUGCUCGCCCUUCUCUCUCUCGCCCACUGCCUUGUCAAUCUGUUCGUCAUCGGCCCUGCACUCGACUGCGAGGAGAUUGUCAAUCAUAGGGACUGGGUCAACUUGACUCCAGGAAAGUACAGUCUAUCAGCUUUAUUGGUUGCAGUCACUAUUGCUUUGUCACUGCUUGCCAGACAUAUGGAGAAAUCUUCCAGAGUUUUGUUUCUGUGGAAAAUCGAAGUGGAAGAGCAGCGAGAAAGAGCAUCAGAUAUAAGGCGAAGAAAUGAAGCCCUAGUUUACAACAUUCUACCGCAGCAUGUGGCCGCACAUUUCCUUGGAAACAGGAAACGUCAACAUGAAGAACUGUACAGUCAAAGUUAUGCCGAAGUUGGUGUGCUUUUCGCUUCCAUGCCAAAUUUUUCAGAUUUCUAUUCUGAAGAAACAGUAAACAAUCAAGGCUUGGAGUGUUUGAGGUUUCUCAACGAAGUCAUAUCAGAUUUUGAUGCGCUUCUGGAGCUUCCACAAUUUCAAGACAUUAUCAAAAUAAAAACAAUUGGUUCAACGUACAUGGCUGCGAGUGGACUGAACCCUACAAAAAAAGUGAAGCCUGAUGAUCCCAUAGAAGUGAGAUGGGCGCAUCUUGCUCUUCUUGUUGAAUUUGCUUUUGAAUUGAAAAAAGCUCUACAAAGUAUCAAUGAGCAGAGCUUCAACCAUUUUGUUUUAAAAAUGGGUAUAAAUCAUGGACCAAUCACAGCUGGAGUCAUUGGAGCAAGGAAGCCACAUUACGACAUUUGGGGAAAUUCUGUGAAUGUGGCUUCUCGAAUGGAGAGUACAGGGAAAGCUGGUUGCAUCCAGGUGACUGAAGAAACGUGCAAUAUUCUGCAGAACUUUGGCUACAUCUUCGAGCAGCGGGGCCUAGUCGCUGUGAAGGGCAAGGGCCAGUUGAUGACCUACUAUCUGGUAGGAAAAGGGCCGACGAGCUCACAGGUCUACUCGACAAUGGAGACCGUCAGGGAGGAGGAGGAAGAGGAGGAGAACACUCUCGGCGACAGGGAGGCUUUGCUUUCGGCCACAGGACCGCAGCCGGUCAUCACCACAUUGGAGAGUGACGGCCAUUAGCACCAAAAAACCCAGCAAUCAUUGGCAUGUCAACCGGAUGCAAAUCUCCACUCAAGCGAUUUUGGUUGAUCUUUAAUCCAGGAAAUCAAAUCUGAGAUACAUGGGUGAUAAGGUCAACACAUGUUGAAACACUAUGGUUGUCGAUCAGUUAGAUUUCUCUGGGGAUUAUCAUAGCUUACCAGCUUUUCAGCUGGAAAAAAUGCUUUAGUCAACUGGAUCUUCCAUAACAGUCAACGAAAAUGUUGAGUAUAAAUUAAUGCAUCCAAUGAUAAAUGCAGACGCAUUUCUUUUAACUCUUUUUCUUCAAGAAAUUAAAGUUCAAAAUUCAUGUAAUUAAUGGAUAAAAAUUGGUAUCCUUGAAUAAGAAAUUAGGUACAACUGAGAGGAAAAAAUUUAUGAAAAUUAUAUACUACAGUACUGCCAAGUUUUGAAAGCAUCCUUGACUAAAAAUCAAUACGAAUUCAGUUACUGAAAGUAAAGUUCUGCAUAAUAUGGCGACGAAGUUUUUUAUUGAAAGUGUCACAAUAAGGAAUACAGCUAUGAAAUAACCUUAUUAAUUUCAAAAUAGUAUUGAAAAUAAAAUCUAGAAAACUUACACUUGAACUGAUGAUUUAACUUGAAAAUCGUAUGUUUCAAGUUAAAUUGUUCAAAAGGAAAAUGUAUUGAAUUCCAAUUGCAAAAUUCUCAUGCUAGAGUUCCGAAACCCAAUAGUUGAAAAUCACAAGUACCGUACCGUAUAUGAAAAGAAAAUACAGUUCCAAAUAAUCCUUCUUUUUACCAAGUUGAGUGAUCAUUUCACCCUCCAACUCCAAUUAUCUCACUCGGAGGUCAAGAAAUGUGUCAAACGUGGUAUACAGUACUUGAGGGUCAGAAUAGAGGCUAUUUGGUCAAAUAUAAUAAACGAUAGAAUUUUAAUCUCCAUAUAAUCACCUCACUUGACAGUAUAUGUAGUUUUAUCACAAAUAAAAUCCAAUUACUAUUGUAGAUACUGUCUUUAUCUCCUAUCAAAUGAAUAAAUAUCAUCAGUACGAAUAUUGAGGAUGAUCAGGGUAGUCUAUUAAGUGUUUUAAAUUUUCUUGUGAUUGUCACCUAUAGUCUAUAACUUACUUCAUUUGAAACUCCACGGAGAAGCAAUAUUAAUAAUCACCUUUAACUGCAUUAUUGGAGCAUUGAAUCAUACGAUUUACCAACAAGGAUAAGAUAUAUUUUGCAAGCUUUCGAAGUUUUACAUUUCCUUGAGGAACUGAAAUUUCCUCGUAUUGUUACUUUUUCAAACUAAUUUAGUUGGUGAAUUCAACAUAUGUUUAAAUUUCAGGCUCUCAGAGCUUGCGCCAUAAACAAACUCUAUUAUCACAAGAAAAUAAACUAAGAAACAUAUUAUCAUAUAUAUUGACUGUCAACUUCUGCAUUUACUGGAAAUACAACACCCUUUUCAAAUAAUGUAAAUAAUGAUCGAUAUUCAAAACGAUGUAACUUAAUUGUAUUGUACCGUACUGUAAGUUAUAGUAAGUUAUAGUUGAUAAACUUGUAGAUAAAAUUUAGGAAAUUGUUUAGAACUAUUCAUCAAAACGACCAAGUUCAAUCAAAUUAUCCGACUAUAUAAAAUUUGCACUACAUAUUUUAUACAGUAUUAUUUCAGUAAACAUCAAUAGAGCCUAACAUUUUCAUCCUUUUUUAUCUCAGUUCGAAAAAGUUUGUGUUAGUAAUCUCAUGUGCAUACACGAUCUCAGUAGAAUAAUAGCUUUGUAGAGGUUAAUGUAAAAUUGGAAAGCAAAGAUUUAAUAAUGUUUAAAUUCAAAUAUAAAAUAUGUUAAGUAGUUUUAAGAGAAAAAACUGUGAUGUUAAACCCUAACUUAUUAGGAAUGAAUGACUAAGAAUGUAUAGAUGAUGAGUGCUAUGUGCCCUCACAGUAUUAUAAAUAGUAAAUUGAAAUAAUCUAUUUUACAAUUUUCAUUUUAAUAUUCAGUAAACAAUAUUUAUUAAUGAUAAUUAUAUUUAAAAACUGUUACAAUGUUUUCAAAUCCAAUGAGAUGAUAGUUCUGAGAUAAAUAAAGAAUUGUAAUAUAAAGUCUCAUCUAGGAAAAAUAUGCAUUUAUGGAUCACUAAAUCAUAUAAAAUUAUUGCAGUUGGUGCUUUUGUAAGAUGAAUUAUGAUGAUUUUCAUUUUCAAUCAUUAUGUUCAGCUUAAUUUCUAAUCAAUGUCAACUUAAUUUUACGAGUGUGAGUGAUCUUUUCUGAAUGACGUGAGUGAAGUGAGACUGAACGAGAAAAUGAUUUAAUAACAAUGAUGAAGAGAGUGGAAGAAAAAUAAAAUAGGUCAUAAUCUCUCCAGGACUUCUAGUCAAAUAACAAAGGUUAAAGUGAUUGAUUGAUUAUUUUCAAUAAUUCAAUUGACCACAUAGUAUAAAAAGUUAUAGUUUUCUAGUUCAUUCAAGCUUAAAGAUCUUGAUGUAGUAUUUAGUGGCAUAAUGAAGACGGUAAUAUUUAUUUCAGUUUGCAUGUAACUCCAUGUCUGCAGAAUUUAUUUCUGAACCAUAUCUCAUUGAAAUUUAGAAGGAUCAGGAAAUAAUGGAUCUUAAAAUGAAUUGGAAGCGUAUCUCUCAAGUCAAUAUUUUUCAAUGUGGAUAUUACUGAUUGCAUAACAAUUUUUCAAUAAUAGUCAAUUUUUCGACUAUGAAACGUCUAGAAGAAAAUGUCCAUUGUAAGAGCAUCUGCAUGAACUGCUGACAAUGCUUAUUACAUUGGAAAAAGGUUAAUAUUUCUCCGUCUCCGUGAACAUAAGAAUGAAUUGUUUGCCAGCUACAUAUCAUGUGCCAGAAGCUACAGGAAAAUAUGAAAUGCCAUUCGGAUAGUAGAAGUUUGUAGUUUUGAGUUUGGAGUAGGUUCACAUAAUAUAAUUAUUACAUUCGAGAAUGUUUUGAAACGUGAUAUGCAAGUUAUCUGGAUUGAGCCAAGAUGUCUAUUUCUCUAAAAGCUGCGGGAGUUCAAUCACUGAGAUACCGAAUUAUAAUUAUUGCAAGACGAAAAAUGUUUGGAUUUGCUUCAUAGGUUUGACGACAGGACCAUUCUUAUGGCUACUAUAAAUUCAGUACCACAACAUUUUUACCAUUGGUUGCAUGUGAAAUAGUUACCAAAAUAUAACGUAACCAAGAAAUAGAUAAUAAAUGUACUUAAAUCUAUCGAAUAUUGCUAAAAAAUAUUGAAAUAGAUUAAUGGAAUAAUAUCAGAGAGAUUGAUUAAACAAUGAUGUAGCUUAUUCCAAAAGUUAGGUAAAAUGAAAUUUGUCUAUUAAAACAUAUAUUGUAUAACUUAAAUUCCUGAAUGAAUAAAUAUUUCUUAACUAGCAGAGCUUGAUAUUUUAUGUUUUUAAAGAUUGAUUCAUUAUGUUCAAUUGUUUUUAUUAAUUUUGAAAGAUGUCGAAUAAAAGAUUGUAUGAAACUUGAUGAAAAUAUAUUGGAUAAGAUUCUUCAA